GUGCAUAAAAGGCUCGGCGGCCCAGGACGCACUUGGCGCUGAGAACGCGAGUCUGCGCGUCUGGUGGUCCGUGCAUCCGGCCCUUGCCCACGCAGCUUGCAGUCAUGGCUUCCGGCAACGCGCACAUCGGAGAGCCCGCCCCCGGCUUCCAGGCCACCGCCGUGGUGGAUGGCGCCUUCAAGGAGGUGAAGCUUUCGGACUACAGAGGGAAGUACGUGGUCCUCUUUUUCUACCCGCUGGACUUCACUUUCGUGUGCCCCACGGAGAUCAUCGCUUUCAGCGAGCAUGCUGAGGACUUCCGCAAGCUGGGCUGCGAGGUGCUGGGGGUCUCUGUCGACUCCCAGUUCACCCACCUGGCUUGGAUCAACACCCCCCGGAAGGAGGGAGGCUUGGGCCCCCUAAACAUCCCCCUGCUUGCCGACGUGACCAGAAGCUUGUCCCACGAUUAUGGCGUGCUGAAAAAAGAUGAGGGCAUCGCCUACAGGGGCCUUUUUAUCAUCGAUGGCAAGGGUGUCCUCCGCCAGAUCACUGUUAAUGAUUUGCCCGUGGGGCGCUCUGUGGAGGAGGCUCUGCGGCUGGUCCAGGCCUUCCAGUACACAGAUGAGCACGGGGAAGUCUGUCCUGCUGGCUGGAAGCCGGGCAGCGACACAAUCAAGCCCAACGUGGAAGACAGCAAGGAGUACUUCUCCAAACACAACUAAGCUGGCAGAUGGGUAGUGAGCUUGUGCUUUUGGCCUGCAUCUGGGUGUCCCGUGCUGACCCAGGAAUGGCCAGACCUACCCCUCCUAACUCAGUCUGAGACCCUUGGAGGGCUAGGCCAAGGCCUUCUCAUGCCCCUGAAGCUGGUGAAUUGUGACCCCCUCCUCGGAGCCCAACCAGCUGGACACAGGCCUAGACGUGACCAAUAAAGUAUUAAGGACAGAUGU